CACCAAAAAGCACAAGCAAAAACCCAAAGCCAAAACGAAAGCAAAAGUUUCCCACCCCUAAACACAAUGGAUGAAGAGGAAAACGUGUCGCCGCCCUUUUGGCUCCAAGCCUCCGACUCUUUCCGGCAAUCCAACCAUCGCCGCCGCCUCGGCCGCUCCUCCUCGUCUCUCUUCUUCAGCUCCGGCGCUUUCAUUUUCGCCUUGCUUGCUGUAGCUGUUGUGUUUAUUUUCUUCAUAAUCCCAUCAAUUUUGUCCUUCACUUCUCAAAUUUUCAGACCGCAUUUGGUGAAAAAAAGUUGGGAUUCUCUCAAUCUCGUCCUCGUACUCUUCGCAAUUGUUUGUGGAUUUCUGAGCAGAGGCAUCGGCAACGACAACAACGUUAGCAGUCCCACGUCGUACGAUGCUUCUUCUUCACAAAAAUUUGAGAAGUUAAACCCAUCAACCCCACGUCAGUGGUACGAUCAGUAUUCCGAUCGGAUGGCCUAUAGUGAAACCACUGGUGCUAGUACGAUGAACAGACGAGUGAGGACCAGCAGCUCGUACCCGGAUCUACGCCAACAGGAAUCUUCGUGGAAUGUGGUUAGGGAUGAACGGUGGCGAUCCUACGACGAUACCCAUGUGGCCGGUUAUCGGGUUUCGGAUUCAGAUCAGCAGCAUCAGGUCCACCGCCGUCACCGGUCGUGGCAUGAAGAACCGGCACAGUUUCUAGCACGCGAAGAACCGUUUCUAGCACAAGAACAAGUAGGACGUGUAACAUGGACCAAGAACAUACCAGUGGACACUUUUGUGAUCCGUACGGAGCAAGUUAGUUCUUCACACUCACAAUUCCGGCUAAUCAAUCCGAUCCUCAGCCGCCAUCUCCGCAGCGGACACAGUCUCCGCCACCUCCUCCGCUGCCGCGCAAGACAAGGAGGACGUACCAAGCUAUUGGAGAGAAAGAAAAAUCCAAAUGCUAGUGACAAUUUGGAAGUGAAGAAAAACUUGCCCCCACCGCCUGCUCCGCCGUUACCUCCUCCAUCACCACCGCUGUGGAUGUCGAAGGAGGUUGAGAACAAGAAAACGUCAGCCGGGAAAUAUGCGAAGAAGAAGGGAGUUGCUACCACUAAAGAGUUCUUGAUCACGUCAUUAAGGAGGAAUAAGAAGAAGCAGAGACAAAAGAGCGUCGAAAAUUUUGAGACUCUCCUCGCUUCUGCUUCUUCGGCUUCUUUGUCUUUACUUCCGCCGCCCUCACCUCCUCCUCCUCCGCCACCUCUACCGCCGCCUUCGGUUUUUCACAACUUGUUUUCUUCAAAGAAAUCCAACAAACCCAAGAAAAUUAUUCACUCAAUUCCACAACCACCAUCGCCGCCGCCGCCGCGGCGGACCACUUCCACCGCGCGUUUAUCGAAAACCAAAGCCCAAGUUUGGCCCACGACGACGACCCAAAAACCACUACAGCCAGUCAAGGUUAGUAGGUUCAGCAAUGCGGAUGAUGAGAAUGCUAACAGUGGUGGGGAGUCGCCAUUGAUUGGAAUACCGCCGCCGCCGCCGCUACCGCCAUUUAGAAUGCCGGUUACGAAAUACAAGGUGCACGGGGACUUUGUUAGGAUCAAAAGCAACGACAGUUCACGCAGCGGCUCGCCGGAUUUGGACGACAGUGAUCAGGAUUCAGUUCCAUCGCCCACCACGGAAGCUGCUAGUAGAACUCCACUGGAGAGCGGAGAGUCGCCGACGAAAGCUAUGUUCUGUCCGAGCCCGGACGUAAACACCAAAGCUGAUACCUUCAUUGCAAGGUUCAGAGCUGGUUUGAAGUUGGAGAAGAUGAAUUCUGUGAGGGCAAGGUCCAAUCUAGGCCCACAUUCAAGUGAAGGAGAAGAAGGCCCAAGUUACUAAAACUGAUUGCAUGCAAUUGGGAUGUCACGAUGAUGCGGUAUACUGAUAACCUAAACUAAUUAUCUAUAGUCAUGCGGAAAAGUUAAAAUACAUACAAGUUGGAAUUGGUUAAGUAUACUGUGGUGUAGCGGUAACCUAAACCAAUCAUCUAUAGACGUUACUUACGAACGCGUGAGAAAGUUAAAAUACAAAACAAUGUGAGAUUGGCCGAAGACAUUGUGGUUGAGGAUUGUAGAGAUAGAAACGUUGAUUUGAGUUGUUUAUGAGUUUUUGAGGAAUUAUACAGAGGUGUAUAGGAUUUAUUUAUUUAUUUU